UGGCGAGCGCUUGCCUGCCAGGGUUUGGACAUCAUAUGUCCCGUGGCCAGGGCUCUGGCAAGUCGUGAGGAUGCGAACCGAACAGGAAAGAUAUCGACGAUAAUUUUCAUACGUGACAAAAAUGCUCGUGGACAGGAAAUAUCGGGAUACAUUGACUACGCACACCGUCUGAAGACGGAGGACUUUAGCCAAUACUUUAUGGAAAAAAAGAAAAUUCUACCUAGACCGGGAGAUCUGAGCUUUUACAACUGGGAGACUCAAAAUGUCGUCGCGACCUCGUCACCCAACUACACCGUGUUGGCUGAGAAUCCCAGCGGGCUAUUGUUUAAAAACAAGCGUGACAGAAAAAUUAUCAACGUUGACCCCACGGCUCCAACACCUGGAGACAACUCUACAAGAACCGUUAUUACGACCGAAAAGUACCUACAGGCCGUCAUUUAUGAUCAUAUCACAAGACGAAAAACGUGAUCUGGUCUACUAGCACUUUCAUUCAGAUUCAUGUGCAUUAUGUCUAGCAAAAAUGACAUUUUACCGGAGAGUCUGACCCGUCAUCUUGAUUUGUCAUCCGGCCACGUAUCCGAAUCUGCUAACCAGUCACUUUCUAUCACCAUUAGUGGAUUUGAGAACAUGUAUAUUAUGUCUGUAGCUAUCUUGUAGUAUAUCAAUCGAAAAUACAGGCUAUAUGACACAGGUCUAUCCUUCCUCUGAAGCAAACAGAUACAAGGUAUACUUUACCAUGCACAACUUCGGACCUAAUCCAA